AGACAAAAGUUAUUAUCAGUAGAGCAAAAGGUCAAGCUUCUCUCCUUUCACUGAACUUCCUUCCUCCAUUGCAAUGGCCUCUCUUCUCAACUCUGUGCCAUCUAUUAAACUGUCAAAUUUCAACAACAACAAACCACUUCGCUCUUCACAAAUUUCAUCCUCCAUUUUCUUCUCCCUCUCUCGAAGAAGGCUUGUUGUUAGAGCUACAGAGACUGAAAAAGAAGCUAAAGCACAGGCACCGGAUAAGGCACCAGCUGCUGGUGGCUCAAGUAUAAAUCAGAUUCUUGGAAUCAAAGGAGCAAAGCAAGAAACGGACAAGUGGAAGAUUCGUGUUCAGCUUACAAAACCUGUUACUUGGCCUCCCCUUGUGUGGGGUGUGGUCUGUGGAGCUGCUGCUUCUGGGAACUUCCACUGGACUCCAGAAGAUGUGGCCAAAUCAAUUGUUUGUAUGUUGAUGUCUGGCCCAUUUCUAACAGGUUAUACUCAGACUAUUAAUGAUUGGUAUGAUAGAGAGAUUGAUGCUAUUAAUGAACCCUACCGUCCAAUUCCUUCAGGGGCAAUAUCUGAACAAGAGGUCAUUACUCAAAUAUGGGUGCUUCUCUUAGGAGGUCUUGGGUUAGCUGGUAUUUUAGAUGUGUGGGCAGGGCACGACUUUCCUGUGAUAUUUUACCUUGCACUUGGUGGAUCCUUGCUCUCCUACAUCUACUCCGCUCCACCAUUAAAGCUCAAGCAGAAUGGAUGGAUUGGAAAUUUUGCUCUAGGAGCAAGUUAUAUCAGCUUGCCUUGGUGGGCUGGUCAAGCUUUGUUCGGGACCCUUACACCUGACAUAAUUGUACUAACGCUAUUGUAUAGCAUUGCCGGUCUGGGCAUAGCCAUUGUAAAUGAUUUCAAAAGCAUUGAAGGAGAUAGAGCGAUGGGGCUUCAGUCACUUCCAGUAGCUUUUGGUUCUGAAGCUGCUAAAUGGAUUUGUGUUGGUGCCAUUGACAUAACUCAGAUAUCAGUGGCAGGGUAUCUUUUAGGUGCUGGCAAACCCUAUUAUGCUUUUGCACUUCUAGGUUUAAUUGCUCCACAAGUCUUCUUCCAGUUCAAGUACUUCCUCAAAGACCCAGUAAAAUACGACGUUAAGUAUCAGGCUAGUGCACAGCCAUUUCUUAUACUUGGUCUCUUGGUUACUGCUUUAGCAACUAGCCAUUAAUAUUCAAGUGGUGCUUUCAUGGUAUAGAAGAGGUGCCUUUUCCGCAUGGAGAUAUAUAUAUCACCAAGCUGCUAAGAGAGAACAAAGCUCUUUAUAUUUGAUGACUUGUGUUUUACUUAUCCCCAAGUGUAGAAUGUUAGAUUAGGAUGCAAAAAUUAAUUUAUGCAGGUUUUGUAUGAUGGUUUAUGCAAAUUUUGGAUGAUUUUAAUUUUUUAUUUUAACAAAUAAAAUUAUAAACAAAGGAGAAAAUGA